AUGGAAGAACUAAGGGAAAAGGGGACUGUUAGUGGAGCUGGAAACUGUCCUGGGAGAAAUCAAAAACCUUCAGAGGCCAGCGUUAAGUCAUUGCAGGGAACAUACAAGGAACAUGGGGCACUCAUGAUAGAACAAAUGCGUGGCAAUUUAAAUACUAAUAUUGAUGAGUGUGGUAAUAGUUCUGUGGGUACAUCAGGAAAAAGUGAGCAAUAUUUAAAAGAAGAGAUGUGUAGGAAUGUUGUUUCUAUCUUGAAUGAAUUCGAUAAUAUUACUGCGAAGGUACUUAACGAGAUGAAAGAUGAAGUUAUAAGCAUAAAAGGGUCAGUUACAAGUUCUAUUCAUAAAUGCACCAGUCUUCACAAUGACUUGUCACAAUUCCAUGAAAUUGUUCAGAAAAUUGGAGAUCAUAAGGAGCUCUGUCUUAUAGCCAGCAUAAAAUGUAAGCAUAUAAUACAGCAGGCAUUGACUCUGCUAGGAAAGUCAGGCAAGGCGUUUAACGUCCAGCGGAAGUCUGUGCACAAUGUGAAAAUACCAAGUGAUUCAUAUGAAUGUAGUAUUGAAGGCAUAUGUGUUCUGACUGAUGGGCAGGUGCUGGUUGCAGACUAUUUUAAUAAGAGAGUCAAGCUGCUGAACCAGCAGUACCAGGUGGUGAGUCACUGGGAUGUGAAUGCUCAGCCAGUUGACAUUUGUUUGAUCACACCCAGUGAGGUUGCAGUGGCUGUGAAUGACCAUGAUAGCAAGAUACAUGAGGUCCAGUUUAUCACUGUCAACCAGGGAAAGCUUGUCUCUGGCAGGAAGUUUCAGUUACAACAUGAAUGUACAUUUAUUACCCAUCACCAAGGAGACCUUUUUGUCACCUCUGGUCAAGAACUGUACAAAUACUCACUGAAUGGCAAACUGAUCUGCAGACUCUACCAAGAUAGAUCAGGUGAUUAUACAGUAGACAAGUGUGCUGUGAGUCCCACAGGAGACAGGCUGUACAUCAUCAGCCACUACCCGCAGAACAAGCUUCUCACCCUGGCCAGGGAUGGCACACUCCUGGCUACAUACUCAGACCCAGCACUACGUGGCCCACGUGGUCUACAUGUGACCCCUGCAGGCCAGGUGCUGGUCUGUGGAUUCCUGUCCUACACUGUACUACAGGUGGGCUGGGAGGGAGAGAGUAAGCUGGCUAAUCUUGCUACUGAGGAGGAUGGAGUGAGGAACCCAGAGUCAGUCUGCUACAGCAGCACCACAUCAUCCAUCAUUGUGGGACAGGGGAAGGAAGACACCAUCCUGGUGUUCAGAGUGGAAUAG